AUGAAGACCAAGAAGCAGUUGUCUUAUAUUCCUGGCUUACGCGGGUGUUUCUGGCGUUUUUGGCUGUUUGUGGCGCUCUGGCUUGUGGAGCAGCAGAAUGUGUACUCAUCAGGGGCAUCAAAAAAAAAGGCCGCCGAGGAGGACACAGAAUUCGAAACUGCCGGAGGACUCGCAGGCGAUACGAUGGCCAAACUGCAUGCAGAACUGGCUGCCCAGCAGGAAAUAACGGACACCCGGCUCGCGACAGGACUUCUUACAAAGAAUCGAGGCCACGUAGUUGCUCUCAUUGUGCUUUUCUUGAUCUUAAUAAGGACAAUUGUACUUCGCAGGGGACGAGAGCGCAAAAAGAAGGUUGAAGAAGAAGUUAGACCUCCCCGAGAGGAACCCCAAGCGAAAGAGCAAGAAGGAGAAGAAGAAGCAGAAGAAGAGGAAGAAAAGCCUGUUCCAGAAGUGGAGCCUUCACCGGAACAGGUAGUUUUGCAGCCAGAAGAACCUGCGAAAGAAGUACCUCUGCCACAAGUGCCUACGCAAGUUCCCGUGCCAAGACCGAGGCGUAAACCAAAAGCGGAAGUUCCACCUGAAAAACAACCAGAGGAAACUGGUGCCGAUGGACAGCCAGAAGAAUUCGUGCAGCAGCCGGUAACUCGUGCAAGGAAGACUCGGAGGGAAGUUGUCCGGAAGGAGAUGCCUCCUCCCGAGGCCCCUACCCAGGUGCAGCCAGGUAUUGAAGAGCAAGUGGAAGAAGAAGAACCUGUCCAACAACCGACUCAGCCACAACCUGAUGAGCCUACACCGAUACAACCUACCUUGCCGCAGCCUCCAGAACAACCAGUUCCAGGUCCAGCGCCUGGCGUGCCAGAAGUGUCGUAUAUGGAACCUACUGUCCCUCCAACUGUCGUCACUGUGCCGCCCGACGAAGUCAGAGAACCCGCCCCUGUAACGGUUAUCCACGAGGACCAGGAGCUGCCAGAAUUGAGGGCUCGGCGGAGCCUCGUUAGCAGUCUGGUGGACGUCGCGACAAGGCUGGUAGAUGAGUUGCCGGGAGAACAGGCACGACCAAUUCUCGAUGCAUUGAAGAUAAAAGCGGCCGCAGCUGAAAAGGCAGAGAGGGAGUACGAUUUGGCAAGAUCCCGCAGAGACCCAAACCUUCCAGGCAUUCGAAAUGCAGUCAUCCAUGCAAUAAACACAUCCAUUGAAGGGUCCCGCAGUGAUCUAUUGCAGUUGGCAGAUCUGGCAAGGUCAAGUGCUUGGAUGCUGUCCCAGGUAGCGACGCUGUCUUCGGUGGAAAAUACCGCUGUAACUGUGAAACAGGAGAAUGACACGCAGCUUAGGAUCUUGAGGUCAGCACAAUUCAUAGAUGAGUGCGAAGCAGAUGAUUUCGUCGAUAUUUACGCAGCCGUUGCUGCGCUGAACUUCAGGAUGAAAACCUUGCAGCGCUUGGCUGAACUGGAUGCCGCAUUGAACAGAGAUAUUCUAGAUAUGCAGAAGAUGUGGAUGAAGGGGAGGCUUCAGCUCGACCGGAUACCGCUCGAGGUGGACGCGAAUUUGGUUCAGGAACUUAAUGUACUAUUCUCGAAGAGCCGUCAAGCACCUCCGGGUCAGGCAGCUUCUGGAAUAACAGACGCAGAUAUGGAAAUCAUCAGGGGUAUGUUUAUUCGGCAGUAUGAGGAUGUACAGGCUAUGGAAAAGGCAACAAGCUUCGACACUGUUGCCGCUAUGUAUGAACGCGCGAAGAUGUUCAACGGAAAGCUCGAAGGCAUAUUGGAUGCGCAGAAGAACAAGUUGCGUGCAGCUCUGGAGCGCCAGCCGCUCACCAAGGAAGAGGCCACCGUUGCGGCUGAGGCGAUGGCGAAAAUUGCUGACACUGCCGUCGACGAAGGCGAAGAAUGCUGGCGUCACUUGCAGAUUGUGAAUUCAGAGGUUAGCGGAAAAUAUGAAGAGGGACCCGGAGGAUUUGGCGGCAAGGCGUUGUUGCAAAAGCUGACAACUAAGAAAAAAGCCGGUACUGCUGAGCAAGCAGAGAGUGUGUUUUGCCCUGACAGCGCGAUUGCAAGUGAUGUGAAGAAGCAUUUUACCGAGCAGUGGCGCGACCUCGAAGCCUUUGCGAAGGAGCAGUGGAUGAAGGUGCAAGAUAUGCUCGAGAAGGCGAAGAAGGGGGCAAAGUACAAACUCGAUAAAGAGGGAUUUGGAUCCACUGCACUGGAUAAGAAAACGAGCCUGAGGGUGGAGACGGCGAGGAAGAAAGCAGAGGCAGGGAUCCCCUCAAUGCUAAUGCGAUAUUAUAACAGAUUAGUGAAGGAAUUUGAGGCGUAUGAGCAUGUGGUGAACGCUGCAUUGAUUUAUCCAUUCCGGCGCGGAUCACAGGAGUGGAGUGCAUUAGGGGAACUGAAAUCGCGAUUCGACUCUGAAAAGGCACUGGCCAAGGGAAGCCGAGAUUUUGAGCCGAUACCUGAAUAUGCAGCUACAAUGCUGCAGACAUACUUGAAAAUCUGGAGUCUGGUUGAAUCAGAAAGAGUACUGCAACUUAAAGAGGCAAUGGAAACGGCGCGCGUUGAUCUUCAUGAUGCAGCGCAGGGUUAG